GUUCUCUCCAACUUACCUCUAUUGCUUCGCUGCUAUUUGGGUCAAAAGGCACAAUUGUAAAUGAUCCCUCACUUGCGGUCACUUGCAGCUUCGUCGUUCAUUUCUUUUUAUGGUUGUGCUCGACAACAAACUAGGCCGAACACCCGGACGUUCUCAACUUAUCGAGCUGGCCGCAAUGGCCACAGCACACGAGGCCAGAGGCGCGCCUUUCAUGCCUCUGCAUCGCUGCCUGCUCCCCCAAAGGACCCUUAUCAAGUUUUAGGUGUUAAGAAAGACGCAUCUCCGGCGGAAAUCAAGAAAACGUAUUUUGCUCUCGCCCGAAAGUAUCACCCGGACACAAAUCCUGAUAAAGGAGCGCAGGAAAAGUUUGUGGAGAUACAAGAAGCAUACGACAUUUUGAAAGACGAGAAAAAGAAGGCUGCAUACGACCAAUAUGGCGCUGCAUCCCAGCAACCAGGCUUUGACCCUAAUGCCUUUGCUCGAAAUCCGUUUGCAGGAGGUGCAAGCGGAUUUGGUGGUUUUAGAGACUUCAGCGAGGCAUUUGGCGGAAGCUCAGGUCAAGGCGAUUUAUUCUCCCAGUUGUUCGGUGGUUCCUUCGGGGGUCGAGCGCGCUCCGGGUUCAGCCAAAGUGCAAGAGGAGCAGACAUUGAGACACGCAUCAACGUCUCGUUUUUGGACGCCUGCAAAGGAACGACUUUAAGUGUAAACGUCAACGCUUUGUCAACAUGUUCGACAUGUGCCGGUACAGGCCUGAGACAUGGUGCCAAGCGUGUACCUUGCGGGUCAUGCAAUGGUACUGGUACCAAGACUUUUGUGAUAGAUAGUGGAUUCCAGAUGGCAAGUACUUGUGGGACAUGCCUUGGCUCUGGUUCUACCAUUCCCCGCGGAAGUCAAUGCGUUGAUUGUGGUGGUCAGGGUUAUGUGCGAACGAAAAAAAGUAUUAAGGUAGAUAUCCCACCAGGGGUGGAAGACGGAAUGACCAUCCGCAUCCCGAACGCAGGCGAUGCGCCAUUAUCAGGCAAGGGCGGCCAUGGGGACUUGCUUGUCAGGGUCAAUGUCGCUCCAUCCAAAGUUUUUCGCAGACAAGGUGCAAACCUUCACCACGAAGUGCGCAUACCUUUGCAUACUGCACUCUUGGGCGGCCGUGUUCGUGUGCCGACAUUGGAUGGAAAUGUGGACGUUCGUGUACCCAAUGGUACUCAACAUGGCGAGGAGAUGGUCCUAAGAAGCCAUGGUGUCCCGUCAGUUUUUGGUGGUGAUAAGGGGGAUCUUUUUAUUUCUUUCUCCAUUUUGGAGCAAUAUGCGGACGACGUUGAGGGCCGGAGUAACAGUCCAAGACAUGAUCCAGUUCCGCCCACCGGCGCCUCGACUAGUGCUCAGUCAAGCAUACCAGAUGCGAAGGAUACCAGUUUAAUGGGUGAUAACAAUGGUACGACUUCAUUUUCUCAUCCGUCACCGGCUUCCGUGGGUGGCUGGGUGUCUCGCACAUGGAACAGGAUACGAAGGCUUACUGGGUCUUGA